AUGAAUACUUGGAAUGAAUUGAGAGUAAGACUGGAUAAAAAUCAAACAAUCGAUAAAAAUGUGCAAGAAGAGAUUAUGAAAGAGAAAGAGCGUUGUAGACAAGUGUUACAAAGAAUAUUCUCUGUUGUGAAAUGUCUUGCUAAACAUAAUCUUGCAUUUCAAGGAUCCAAUGAAAAACUAUAUCAAGAUAACAAUGGUAAUUUUCUGGGAUUGAUUGAAAUGAUUGCAGAGUUUGAUGUGAUUAUGCAAGAUCAUGUUAGACGCAUUCAUGAUCAUGAAAUUCAUUAUCAUUAUCUUGGACAUAAACUUCAAAAUGAGUUUAUUUCCCUUUUGUCUCAAAGUGUGAGAAAUUCUAUCAUUAAGAUCAUUAAUGAAAGGUUGAUAAAAAUGUACUUGAGGUCAUCAAUGUCACAAGAAAGGUUGAAUGGUUUAGCAACAUUAUCUAUUGAGAAUGAGAUGAUAGGAAACAUUGAUGUUGAUGUUAUUAUCAAUGACUUUGCAUCUCAAAAUGCUAGAAGAAACCGUUUCUUAUGA